CGUGCGGUAAUGCGUUAACACUCAACUUUUAAGCCACCUUGUUCGACACGCACGCACUCUUCGUGCCCGUCUCGUCGGUGUAUCUCUCUUACUUUUGUCGCUAACCUAGUCAUCCUCCCUGACAUGCGUACAUUGGGUACCGCCUUAUGGUCGCCUAUCGUCUCCCCUGCAUUUCGCACUGCAAUGUCCAUCGCAUUUUCAGGUAGGAAUUCUCAACUGACGUAUUCAAAUGUUGAGUUUGGGGCAUGUACGCCCUAUUCUCCGCCUUCUUCAAGUACUCUGAAUGCCGAUUCGCCGCCGAUGUUUGGAUUUGAGGUUUCAAGUGACCUGUCAGGCCUUCUUCCUCCUCAUCGAUGCACUCGACCCCGCGACGCAUGUUCUCAGCGUUGGCUGGGACUAGUCCAAGGGCAUUCGCUCUCCCCCCAUCACACUCCCUACUUCUCCCCUACGGACAUAGUAUAUGGUCGCUCUGCCAUCCUCUACCACAGUUUCAUAUGUCGCAUACUCCGCAUUGUCAUACAAGUAUUUCCCCCAAAACACUCAUCUUCCUAAGCGGAAGCACGAUCUUUGACGGCACACUUGUCCCCCUGAUCCGAUGCGCUCAAUCUAGUAUCAUGCCCACUCACUGCGUUUGCUAUCCGUAGAUUUCGGGACUUGAACGUCUUCAGCCUGGCAUGUUUUCAUUACAUUGAAUGCUGUGAAUGUAACGGCAUUUGUCGUUCCUAUUAUGAUGAAAAGCCCACCAAAGCGAGGCGAGG